AUGACGAUGAUGCCCUCUAUCGAGGCUCUGGCCAUGAUGGGGGCAGACUGCGAGGAAUGUGCUAUCAAGUUCCCGAUAGCGGACGACGAUGUCGAAAAUCCGCCUCUGCAUCUUCUUCUUGACGAGGAGGAGGCGACCCGAGGAGGGGCGGCUGCUACGUACUGGUGGCUGCAGGGCGGCCGGGCAUGGGAUCGGGCGGGGAUGGAGAGGCGGCUGGCAGCAUGGGCGAAGGCUGUUGCCAAUGUAGUUUUAACUUGA